AUGAGCCGUCCGUCUGCAAGGCUUUGCGCCGAUUGCUUCCCCGGCGCGCUGCGGCCGUCCCGGAGACUGCGAGCUGCCACACCGACACCACUGCCGGGGGUCUCGCGUGAAAGAAACUACUCUGGACGGAGUGCGCUUGCUCCAGUUGCUGUAAGACAGGCUUGGAACUCGCCAAGCUGUCUGUUUACUGGUCGGGAUGCUGUCUCCGAGCUUCCUUUGUCUCCGCGGCGGGGGCUAGCCACCGCCAGUGAUGGGGCGCUGGAUGAUGGAGCGAGUGAGAAGGUUUCACCGCCACAUGAGGGUCCUAUGAAAGAAUAUGACACUAGGGUUCAAGAGGGUCGGCUACGGGACGAUCCUUAUCAAAGAGGCAUCAUUCAAAAUCUGCAGGACCUUUUCGAAGCUUUGAAGCACUAUGAUGCUCCUAAAGUUAUUCAUCCUAGCCCCGAGUCCCUGGACCCGCAGCCGAAGCAAUCUUUCUUCAGCUCGAUCUUUGGAGGUGCCAAACAUGACACGACCUUGAGCGUACCUGAAAAUUUACCCAAGGGUUUGUACAUGUUCGGGGAUGUUGGGUGCGGAAAGACUAUGCUCAUGGACCUUUUCUUCGACACCUUGCCGCCUAAUAUCAAGACGAAGACCCGUAUCCAUUUCCACAACUUCAUGCAGGAUGUACAUAAACGCAUACAUGUUGUACGAAUGAAGUUUGGCAAUGACUUCGACGCCUUGCCUAUGGUUGCUGCGGAUAUUGCCGAGACAUCCAGCGUGCUCUGCUUUGACGAGUUUCAAUGCACAGAUGUAGCCGAUGCCAUGAUCCUGCGGAGACUGUUAGAAUUCCUAAUGUCCCACGGCGUCUGUCUCGUCACAACUUCCAACCGCCACCCAGACGACCUGUAUAAAAACGGUAUCCAGCGCCAGUCAUUCAUCCCUUGCAUCAACCUCCUCAAGAACGAUUUAAACGUCAUAAACCUCAAUUCGCCAACGGACUACCGCAAGAUCCCCCGUCCUCUAGCGGCUGUAUAUCAUGACUCUCUCGGUGUAGAUGCCGAGCGGCAUGCGCAGAAGUGGUUUGAUUUCCUAGGAGACCCGAUCAAUGAUCCCCCUCACCCUGAUACCCAGAUCGUCUGGGGACGCGAAAUCAAAGUUCCUCUGGCUAGCGGCAAAGCGGCAAAAUUCACGUUCGACCAGUUGAUCGGCACUGCCACGGGCGCGGCUGAUUAUUUGGAACUGGUGCGCCAUUAUGAUGCCUUUAUCGUCACAGAUGUUCCAGGAAUGAACCACAACCAGCGUGAUCUGGCUAGACGGUUCAUCACCUUUAUCGAUGCCGUAUAUGAGAGCAGGGCCAAGUUAGUUCUGACAACCGAAGUCCCCCUCGCAAACCUAUUUCUCUCCGAUUCCGACUUGAAGGACUCGUUGAAAAAAGGCGACCACUCCGAUCUUUCAGAUGCGAUGCGCAACCUGAUGGAUGACCUGGGCAUGUCCGUGCAAACACUCAAGAACACUUCCAUCUUCAGUGGAGAUGAGGAACGAUUCGCCUUUGCGCGCGCUCUUUCUCGACUCGCUGAGAUGGGUAGUAAGGAGUGGGUGGAGCGUGGAAUAAAUGCUGCCAAUAAAGAAGAGCACGAUGCUUGGAAGAAAACUCGCAGUCACUGGAGCGAGGAUAACAUGUAA